AUGUGGCGGAGUUUCGUGCGAUUUCACGUUGCAAUGCGGCGAAAGCUGUGCGUCUCAAUUGUCCCGGCGAGAGCUGCCGCGGUCCGGCCGCGUGGGGUGCGCAGCAUUCCGCAGCCGCAACUGUGCGUCGGCGACGCGUGUGCCCGUUGGCCGCCCGCCGGCGGUGUGCGUGGGGUCCUCCACCCAUCGUUUCUUCUGAUGGCGCCGCGCCGCGUGCCCGGCGGUGGCGCGCGGGUCGCACAGGGCCAAGGGAGGGAGCAGGGAAAUAAACAACCGUGGACACUUACCACCAGCGUCGACGAUGUGCUAUUGGGGAGCGAGUCCGGCAUUGAGAGAAUGACGCUAAACGACUUCAUUCGGAGGUACGUUGACCCCGAUUUUGUGCUCGAAGGCCGCAAUGUAAUGAUGGGGGUGUUUGCGCGUAGGCCUGAGAGGUACGUCACUGACCCGGAGCUUCGCGGGGACAUUCUAAGCUUACCAGAGUACCAGCUCCUGGAGGACGCACGCAAGCUAAUGGAGCAUAGGGUGAAUUGUCUUGAACACUGGAAGGAAUUUCCACAGAAGGACACGGUUACUCUUCUUGCUAAGGGAAAACUUGACUCAGCCCUUGCUGCGGCGGAGGCAAACGAAAAGGCAAAACUGGAAGCAGUCCCAGCUGCACCGGUGAUUCUGGAGGGUUUUUACGACUCUGUUUUCAACGCGAGGUGGAGUCACGUCUUGGAAUUUCCCGAGGGCGAAGGGAAUAAUAUGGUGGUGCGAAUGGAGGUGAAGGCGGGCGAACCAACGCAGUCGUGGGUGUACAAGGCGAAGGGCAUGACUUUUGAACUGGAUGCCGCUGCAUACCGGUCUCGUGCACCGCGCCCAAGGCUGCUGAUACUCUCCUCGGAGCAGGGCUGGCCGUGCACAUUGGCGCACGAGGGAGCUUCUACCAAAGAUUUCUACGUUAACUUCGAGGUGGAGCGUGUUUGGCGGAUCGUGCAGGGCGAUCUGAACCAAUUGUUCGAAAACAAAGGUCAAACAAAGUUAAAAAUGGGGCGGCGUCUCUUGAUUGGGACGCCCGGUAUCGGGAAGUCGAUGGCUGCCGGCUCAUACCUUCUCUACAAGAUGCUGCGCCACGAUGAUAAUAAGCUCCAAGUGGUGGUGUAUUGCUUUGGAGAAAAUUUGGCGUGCGUGUUUGACAAGACGACGAGAACAGUGACGGAGCACGAGGGUGAGAGCGGUGUAGGAAGCGUGUUGAAGGAUUUGGUUCGGCGUGGAAUGCAGGGGUAUAUUAUCUUUGAUGUGGCAAAGGAAGGAGGACCACCACCGGCAACUUUUUUGCGCUCUGAAACAUGGGGCAUGAUUGUGGUGUCCUCUCCAAAGCUAAGCAACUAUAAUGAAUGGGAGAAACAAGUGGGUGCCAUGCGAAUCAUCAUGAAUUGCCCGGACGAGCUUGAUGUGAAGGCGAUGUGUGCCUGGGAGACGCGCGAUAAGUCUGCAGAGGAGCAAACUCAGUACUGGACGAUGGUUGAGGAGCGCAUGCUUAGCGUCGGACCGAUUCUACGUUACCUCUUUAAUAAGAAGAAGUAUAGGGGACGCGUGGCGGCGGUUAAAAGUGCCUUGACAGCGAUUCGAGAUUUGGAUGUUAGUCAGUACUUUACGCAAGGAAAUGAGAAGCCGUGGUAUUCUGAAAAUCCGUCUCACAGGCUUGUCAAAAUUGUCAGGGUUGUAGAAGACGAUGUUGAGGUCUUUUACAACG